AACAUUUUUGUACAUGGUUUUCAUCACGUAAAUCAGAUGUUAGGGUGUGAUCACUGAAGUUUAAAGAUUGUAGUAAAUUUUCUGUGUCAAAUUACUAACAUGCAUUUAUAUGCCACCAGAAAUAGCUAAGACUUUCUGCUGUGCUGAUCAAGAAUGACUUCCCAAGAAUCCCUGUCCAGCGUUCCCUCUCAGCCCUCCAACAAACCUGCUCUAGAACCGAGUCUCAGUAAUGGAAUCUCAGAGGUGGAGGUCUGGAAACGAGAACCGUCCCACAGAGUGUUUGUAAACAGAAGUUUAAACUUGGACAAGAUCAAGUUUUUUGGCUUUGAUAUGGAUUACACAUUGGCAGUGUAUAAGUCGCCCCAGUACGAGACCAUGGGCUUCACCAUGCUGAAGGACAGACUGAUUUCUAUUGGCUAUCCCACAGACAUCAAGGAAUUUGAAUAUGAUCCCACUUUUCCUUGCAGAGGACUUUGGUUUGAUAAACUGUAUGGAAAUAUACUCAAAGUGGAUGCUUAUGGCAACAUAUUGGUCUGUGUACAUGGCUUUAGAUUUCUGAAAGGAUCUGAGAUAGGAGAUCUGUACCCCAACAAGUUUGUCAACCUGGAUGAGAAGAGAAUCUAUGUUCUCAACACAUUAUUCCACUUACCAGAAACCUACAUGCUUGCGUGCCUGAUUGAUUACUUCACCACCAGUAAGGAGUAUGAAAGAAAUAAGGACGGGGUGAGGUGUGGGGAGCUCUACAUGUCCUACCAGUCCAUAUUCCAGGACGUCAGGGGAGCCGUCGACUGGGUCCACUUCUAUGGCAAUCUCAAAGGUGAAACUGUAGCAAAUUUGGAGCGAUAUGUGCAUAAAGAUCCAAGACUGCCAGUCCUAAUGGACAGAAUCAGGGAGAGUGGGAAGAAGACCAUGAUUAUCACUAACAGUGAAUUUGAAUACACAAAUAAAAUAAUGGAAUAUCUAACUGAUUUCCCUGAGACUAAAGGCAGAAAAUGGACAUCAUACUUUGACUUUGUUGUUGUUGAUGCAAAGAAACCAUUGUUUUUUGAAGAAGGAACUAUACUGAGAAAAGUGAACACAACCUCUGGUAAGCUAAGUAUUGGUCACCAUAUGGGGAAGCUAGAACAACACUGUGCUUAUUCUGGAGGUUCCUGUGAGGUGAUAUCCCAAAUGAUUGGUGCCCAGGGGAAAGAUGUCUUGUAUGUGGGAGACCACAUAUUUGGUGAUAUUUUACGAUCCAAAAAACAGCGUGGCUGGCGAACCUUUCUGGUUGUUCCUGAACUCUCAACAGAGGUUCAUGUGUGGACAGACCAAUCAGAGCUGUUCAACAAAAUCAAGUCCCUGGAGCAGACCCUCAGUAUUAUUUACAAAAACCUAGACAGCAGUAAUAUGGAAAAACCAGACAUUUCUAAUGUUCAAAGGGCCAUGAUGGACACAGUCCAUGAACUAGAUUUGUCGUAUGGCAUGCUGGGAAGUUUAUUCAGAAGCGGAUCCCGUCUUACAUUCUUCUCCUCACAAGUUCAGCGAUUUGCAGACAUCUAUGCAGCUUCUGUCAUCAAUCUGAUCCACUAUCCCUUUACAUACAUGUUCAGGGCACCUGCAAUGCUGCUGCCUCAUGAGUCCACUGUAUCGCAUGAGAAUACAAUACCUGCUGACGACUUCACCAUUGCCCGGCAACGCUCCGUGAACAAUGAAAAUAAAUACGCCAAAGUUCAACAUGUGCCCCACCUUCGUCCAGAGACGCCCACAAAGGUCACUCAUCACCAUGACGACGAUGACUUUGAGGAGACCAGUAGUAACAGCAGUGACAAAUCAACCUGAUCACAUCGACGGUGCUACCACGGCACAACAAAAAGGGGGAAGGGCAGAAACCAAAACUUACAUGAACUAUUCACAUCGCAUGACAUCAGUUCAGUUCUACCACAAUGCAACAGAAAAGGGGAGGGCACAAACUAAACUUACAGGAACUUCCAUAUUGCUGAUUAUUUCCUUGUUUUCACUGUAUGUGAAGAAGUGUUUCACUAUGUUGGUGUUCUGGACUCUCUUUCUUUAGCUGAUACUUUAGCUGGUGCUUAUUUUUCUCAACAAGAAAACCUCAGAUUCAGGAUACAACUUUUAAGUCAAUAAUUGCUGUAAAAAUUGAAAAUUUAAAUGAUGUGAUAGAAGGACAAGUAUAAGUUAUAAUGCAAGUUUUACUGCCAUGUUUGUUAGUGAGAUACUGUGGAAUGAAUAUGAUUUUAAUUUUUAUAUUGUCAUGAUUGAGUGCUACAAUCAAGGAAAAUACCAAGUGCUCAUUGUCUACAUCAUUCUAUGAACUAUAUACUGGUACUAUAAUUAUACAUUUAUUAUAUACACUUGUACUCCUAGGGAAGCUUAUACCGGUAAUUUUAUGUGUUAAUGUAUUUAACUGCCAAGCAUUGUAUGGCUUUCCUGUAUGUACUGCAUUAAGUUCAUAUAAAAGCAUGGAGGACAUUGGUUUGUGAAUCAAACAACCAGUAGUUGCUUUUAUAUUUUUUUUCCAGUUUUAUGGACUGCCUUCUACAUGUGUUUUGGUCUUGUGUUUUUAUGGGGAGGUUCAAGGUUUUAAUUUUAUGAUUAAUUGUCCAUUGGUCUAGUCAGUGUUCCUAUGUUUAAACUUGUACUUAUUAAGAAUUUUUAUGAUUUUUAUGUACCUAUGAAUCUUUUCUUAUAACAAGGUGUUCUGAAUAAGUGCCAUUUGUUUUCAUAUGGGACCAGUCAGAUAUAUAUUUUUUUUAAAUAUUUGUUUAGUUUCACAUUUUAAAUUUUGAUUUCCUCAUAAUGAUAGAACCUGAUAGAUACAUGUACACGUAGAGUUGUGUACAGUUAUGUUGUUCCUUCUGGGUUUUGUUUGUUGUUUUGGUUGAUGUAUAAAUAUUGUUCAUUGCAUUAAAUGAUAUUACGAUAAGGAUGGCAUUAAAAACACAUCCAUAAAGUCUGCUUUACCUCAGCAGUGGAAUCUGCCCUGUGCAAUAGAGAGACUCACAGUAUGCUGUAAGUUUUAUCCUUCAGUGUGAAUUAGUUCAAACGUACAUGUACAGACUGUACAUUGAAUGAGGGACUUAAAAUUUAUUUGUGCAGUUCAUUACAAAGUAAUUGCUUGUUUAAACCCUGAAAUAUAUUUUAAUGAGUUUAUUCCUUUAUUGAAGAAUUUUCUUUAAAUUUUUGAUCCAUAUAGCCAAGCACACUAAUAUGGAUUUAUAUUUGCUUAAUACUUUUAAUACAUGUACAUGUAUCUGAGGAAAUGUAUUUAUUUCUUCUUAGGCAAUUAAUGCAAAGCUAAGCAGGCAUCAUUGUUAGAGAUAGAACAUUUAUCUGGAGAUGGAUCAGUUUUCUUACACAAAGGAUAUUACAAUUUAUUAUUUUAUGAUACUUGAUUCUUAACUAACAAUAUUUAAUUGGAUUUUUCCUAUAUUUAAUACAUUAGCCAUCAGAUUUAUCUUUAUUCAAUUCUUUAUUUUAUUUAUUCAUAACUGUGAAGUUUCGAAGUUGUUUCCUUUUGUAGUGUAUAUAUCAUUUUAUUUGGUAGGACUUUCAGAUUUUAGAAAUAACUUGUGAAUUAAGGUAGAUAUUGAUUUGUAAUGCAUGAACCAUUACAUAAAAACAAAUUUGUAGACUUUGGAUCAAAAGAAUGCAUGUAUUACAGGACUUAAUUGUGCUAUCUUGUUAGCUGUAGUUAUCUUUUAUUGUCGCGGUGGUGUUUAAUUAUAAAUUACUGGUAUAUUGUGAAGGUAUUAACAUUUUGUAACUACGGUAACCCGAAUCAACGAAGAGCGAUAUCAUUGGUGUCGUGAACUUACAUUGUAACUGCUAUUUAUAAUAUUCAUUGUGCCUCCUGUGUUGUUGUACCAAACUAGCUGUGUAACCACAAACAGUACCCAAGUGCAAUUCUUGUUAAAGGAUUUUAUUAUGUAUAUGGCAGGUGAUUUAAUCCAUAAUCAUUGGGUUUUUUUUUGUUUGUUAUUGACUUGUAGAAUUAUAUUUGUUUUAAUUUACUAUAGUACGAUAACUUAUGAGGAAGUAUUAUGUAUUAGUGUUUUUGUAAUUAGAAUAAUUCUUUCUGAAAUAAAUACAUGAACAUUG